ACUGCUUGCCUAGAUUUGCAGCAGUAGCAGUCAUAGCUAGCCUAGCUAAUGUUGCAGGCACAUUUUUGUGUGAAGUAUUUGAAUGAGUCUGAUGGGAAAAUGUCUGCAAUUUACAACAUGUUCCAGUCAGAAACAACAGCGAUUAUGGCCUUUGUCGUCGAGACGGCAGUUAGAGAAAUUGGCCAACUUCGGCCAAACAUAGCAAAGUCUGACGUUAGUUACGACGUAAGUAAUCCGACGAGAAAGCUUUGCACCAUUAUGAAUCUGGUGGCAGUGGAGGCAGUUCGUAAAAUCUGCCAACUAUUCCUAGUGGCCUCUUCCAAUUUACAACAUGAAAACAAGAAACUGAAGAUCAAGUUUGAGCAGAUGGAUGAAGCCCUGAAGGCCAAGGUGGAGCAGAUGGAAGAAGCCCUGAAGGCCAAGGUGGAGCAAAUGGAUGAAGAUCUGAAGGCCAUGACAGAAAAAGCUGAACAUUACAGAACAUCGCUGGUUAAAGUGCAAACCGAAUCAAAAGGACCAACCCAUGUCCUUCACAAUGGAAUCAUCUUUGAAAUAAAACCAGUCGAACUUCCAAUGUUGCCUGGAAUGACCGUGGCUUCAGCAUUGCCGGGUCAAGCAAACACUGUCAGCAACGCAUCUGCCGUCUGUGCAGGUCCUACAGAAGGUUGCAGUAAUUCCACAAAGACCUCUUCAUUGGAGUAUGACUUCUCUCUGGGAGACAAACCUGGAAUGGACCCAGGGUCUCUUGAUGUGGGGUCUAAUGUUGAGCAUAUGAGAGUUGCCAUACCAGAGGGAAACAGGAAGGAAAUCAAGAAAAGAGGUACCAUUAAUGGAUCAGAACCCACAGAAACUAAAUGCCUUAUGUGUGAUGUUUGUGACAAGACAUUCACCAGGAAAGGGAUACUGGAAGCCCACAAGCUAAUUCACAAGAAACCCUUCAAGUGUGACGUUUGUGACAAGGCCUUCCACCUGAACCGACUGCUAGUACGACACAUGCUAAUUCACACGGGAGAAAAGCCAUUCGCCUGUGGUCAGUGUGGCAAAACAUUCAGGACGUCCAAGCAGCUUGAACGUCACAUGUUGCAUCAUAAAGAAAAAAAUAUCUGCUGUAAAGUCUGCGGAUGUACCUUCUCUACUAAGACCGAUCUGAAACAGCAUAAACCUGUUCAUGAGGUGGAUAGGCCGUUCAAGUGCCUGACGUGUGGAAAGGGCUUCACUAAAAGGGCUGUGCUCAUGGGCCACAAGAGAAUCCACACGGGUGAGAAACCAUUCAGCUGUACUGAGUGUGGGAAGAGUUACAGACAGCGCAAUGACCUGAGUAUCCAUAUGCGAAGACACACAGGUGAGCGUCCGCACUUGUGCUCAGAGUGUGGCAAGAGCUUCAUAACCAAAUCUAACCUUCAGAAGCACAAGAUUAUCCAUACAGGGGAGAAACCAUUUAAAUGCCAUACCUGCGGAGCUGCUUUUAGCCAUAAAGGAAACCUUGCGAGACAUGAGGUGCUUCACACAGGGGAGAGACCAUACAAAUGUAAAGUGUGUGGGAAAAGCUACCUUCAGUCCACUGACCUAAAAGCUCACAUGCAUCACCACGGGGCAACCAAACCGUAUAUGUGUGACCUAUGUGGGAAGACUUUUAUUUACAAUUACCAAAUGAGACAGCACAAUCUGAAACAUCACACGGCUGACGGAGAGAACACUGCUGGGAGAGAGGGGAUCUCAAAGAAACCGUUUAGUUGCAACGUGUGUUUGAGCGGCUUCAGCUCCAUGCUGACUCUGAGAAAGCACCAAGACGUUCACACAGGAGAAAAGCAGUACUCAUGUUCCAUUUGUGGAAAGACCUUUGCCUUUAAAAGUACCUUUGACUAUCACAUGAGAAUUCACAGUGGACUGAAGCCCCAUGAAUGUAAAUACUGUGGUAGGAAAUUCAUUCUGAAACAAUCUCUGAAAGGACAUGAGCGGACCCAUACAGGAGAAAAACCCUUUAAAUGCACUUAUUGUGACAAGACUUUUGCAGUCAACUGCAAUCUCAAAAGGCACGAGCGGGUCCACACGGGGGACAAGCCGUUCAAAUGUGAUGUUUGCGGAAGAGGUUUCAGCCAAGCCAACAACGUCAAAGCCCACAUGCAAAUCCACACUGGAGUGAGGCCGUACAAUUGCAAGAGCUGUGGAAAGGGCUUUUCUGACAUAAGACACUACAGAAACCAUAACUGUAAUGGUGUGGUAGCAACUUGUAAAUCUUCUGACCGCACUAACAGAAGUAAAAAGGGAGUUAGGGACAGGAGUGCUUGUCAACAUGCUGCUGCUGUGUAGACUGAGUGACGUUGUUUCACUCACCACCUCGGGCCAAUUCUAGCUUGGAACGCAAAUAUGGACGUCUUCUUACUUGUUAUCGAAUAUUUUCACACCCAUUGUUGUGCCUCAUUCAAAGGGCUGAGACAAAACGUAAAAGUAAUGAAACGUGGUCGGGCUCUGCAAAAACAUGUUUCUUUUUGUCAAUGAAAGCACGUGUGUAACACUUACGGACUCUUCUUGAAUGUGUCCCUCGCUAUUAACAAACCGUUUCCUCAGGUAGUGCCACUCCAAUUGAAAAGUUCCCAUAGAAUGGUCUCAGUGCUGCCACCAUUUUUGGGAAAUGCAUUUAAUUAUUCAAAUGUCCUACCUGGGAAAAUGAAUGGGGGCCGCAUUCAUACCCCUAAUUAGUGAAGAGUCCGUGUCUAUUAUACACAUGGUCGACAUCUCUUAGGUUUAUGUUUACAUCUCAGCCUAUGGAAUGACUUCCUUUUAGACGUCAAGAGAAGCAGGGAUGCAUUUAGUAGGGUCAAAAGUCCUGAAGGGAGUUUAUUUUCUUCUGAGGAAAUGUGUGUGCUUUAAGAACUUAGAUGUGUUCCUUGCUAUAAAUCUUGCUAUAAAUCUACACAUUUUUAUGGACACGUCUUUGUGACAUUGUGGUAAUAUGUUUAGUGUUAUUUUUGUAUGAACCAUUUCAUUUAACACCAAUUGAAUGUGAACGUCCAACAGCUGUUUAGCUGAGUUAUUCAGGUGAUUGAAAUGGUGAAUGUCCAAUUAAGUAAAUGCCCAAUUCAUAUUUAUUCAUUUUCAAUAUAUGAUUAAGAAGGAUAAGUGGGGAUAGCCUUAAAAUGAGAACACUGGUCUGUCUACCUGGAAUUAGGAAAGUCAAAUUUGAAAAAAGAAUUGCAUAUUGGGAUCUCAGAAAUGUGUGUUUGGUCUCUCUAGGUUGAACAGGUUAUCAGACACUUAAUUAGCACUAAUGAUGCAAAUUAGGCAAAUGGACAUGGUCAUAGUCGUCACACUUUCAAGAAUUGUAAUUUGGGAUAGCCUAAACACACAAAACCAAGUUGGUUUGGUUGUAGCUGCUGAAGGAAAUGUCUAUCUACUAAUCAGACUUGACCUAGCUCUAUACAUUCAUGGUGUAUAGUACUGAGGUCAAGAAAAUACUCAGUAACCAUUAUUUCAUUAUGGAGAUAUGGGAAGUUUUACACAUGUCAAGUUUAAAAACAUGUUAAGAAAUGCCUGUGUCAUAAAUAGCCAUGCCUAGGCACACCACAUGCACCCAGUUAUGUGGUGGCUGAUAGGAUUCCACCAGACAAAACAUGUGAAUGGAUUGCUGAGGGGAGGAGGGUCAUUAGGAAUUUAGCGCAUCUCUUAGAACCAGUACACACAGUACAGUUGAAUAUUGCGUCUUGUGUCCUUCACUGCACAUCCCGUCAGGCUGUUUUGCUCUCAUCACACUUCUCGCUCAGUCGGUUAGUAUAAACAAGAACCUUUUUUUGAGGAGGAUAAAAAUCAACUGGCUAACAACAGUUGAGCUUCUAACGCACCCAAUCGACCAUAUUUUGUUGUGCUACGUGGACAAAACAACCCUUUCCAACAUUUGUCCCCAACAUGGUUACUGGCAGUGUUUUGAUUAUUGACCCUUCCAGGGUGUACAUAAUUGCUUUAAGCAACACUAUCACACCUACCAAACAAGAGCAAACAUGUCAAAGUCAGUUCCAGAAUGUUUUGGGGAAAUGUUAAGUGGCAAUAGUUCUACAAUGUAGAACACAUUUAAGUUAACUGAACACAACUCAGAAAGGGAAUGCCUGUGUCUUCAAGCUGUGUCUUAGGUCUGUGUAUUUUGAAACACCGGUCGUUUAUUUUUCUGUACAAAAAGCCAACCCUAAUUAAAACUUUUUAAAAAACUG